UCACUCAACGGUCUUUGAUCUCUCACUCCUUCGCAUCCGACGCUCACCAUCCUCUUCUUUCUUCCUGUAAUCUACAAAUCAAAGAAAGAGAGGUCCAAAGGCAUCAUAUCAGUUCACUCCCCUCCCCUCUCUCUCUCUACUUUCUCUCUCCAAACAACCCACGAGCCAUGGCUUCUUCUUCAUCUCUCACUCUCUCCCAAGCUAUACUAGCUCGCUCCAUCCCACGCCAUGCCUUGUCCUCCUCUUCUUCCCAAGACCGUGUCUCUCUUCCAUCAUUUUCCGGCCUCAAAUCCACCUCAUCUUCCUCUUCUCGCAGCACCACCCAUCGCCGCCGUGUCGCCGCCACGACCGGUCUGGCAGUUCGGGCCUCAGCCGCCGUAGAGACACUUGAAAAGACCACUGACGUGGCCUUGGUGGAAAAAUCGAUAAACACAAUUCGGUUCUUGGCGAUUGAUGCGGUCGAGAAGGCGAAUUCGGGGCACCCUGGAUUGCCCAUGGGGUGUGCACCGAUGGGUCACAUAUUGUACGACGAGGUUAUGAAGUACAACCCCAAGAAUCCUUACUGGUUCAAUCGUGACCGCUUUGUAUUAUCAGCUGGACAUGGGUGUAUGCUUCAAUAUGCUCUGCUUCACCUUGCUGGCUACGAUAGUGUGCUGGAAGAAGACUUGAAGAGCUUCCGUCAAUGGGGGAGCAGAACUCCAGGUCACCCUGAGAACUUUGAGACCCCUGGUGUUGAGGUCACUACUGGCCCUCUUGGUCAGGGUAUUGCCAAUGGUGUUGGGCUGGCCCUCGCCGAGAAGCACUUGGCUGCUCGUUUCAACAAACCAGACUGUGAGAUUGUAGACCACUACACAUAUGUUAUUCUGGGGGAUGGUUGUCAAAUGGAGGGGAUUUCCAAUGAAGUUUGUUCUCUUGCUGGGCAUUGGGGUCUUGGAAAACUGAUUGCAUUCUAUGAUGACAACCAUAUCUCCAUUGAUGGUGACACGGCAAUUGCAUUCACUGAGAGUGUAGACACUCGUUUUGAGGGUCUAGGAUGGCAUGUUAUCUGGGUGAAGAAUGGUAACACGGGCUAUGAUGAAAUUCGGGCUGCCAUUGAGGAAGCAAAGGCUGUGAAAGACAAGCCUACUUUGAUUAAGGUGACUACAACCAUCGGUUACGGAUCCCCUAACAAGGCAAACUCAUACAGCGUACAUGGGAGUGCCCUGGGUGGUAAGGAAGUAGAUGCCACGAGGAAGAACCUUGGAUGGCCUUAUGAACCUUUCCAUGUUCCUGAGGAUGUGAAGAAGCAUUGGAGCCACCUUAUCCCAGAUGGUGCAGCUCUUGAAGCUGAAUGGAAUGCAAAGUUUGCUGAAUAUGAGAAGAAGUAUAAGGAGGAAGCUGCAGAGUUGAAAUUGAUAAUCAGUGGUGAAUUUCCUGCUGGUUGGGAGAAAGCUCUUCCUACAUAUACUCCAGAGAGCCCGGCAGAUGCCACCAGAAAUCUCUCUCAGCAAUGCCUAAAUGCCCUUGCAAAGGUUCUCCCCGGCCUUCUUGGUGGUAGUGCUGAUCUUGCUUCCUCCAACAUGACCCUGCUUAAAAUGUUUGGCGAUUUCCAAAAGGACACACCAGAAGAACGUAAUGUCAGGUUUGGUGUUCGUGAACAUGGUAUGGGGGCCAUCUGUAAUGGGAUUGGUCUCCACAGCCCUGGCCUCAUUCCCUACUGUGCUACUUUCUUUGUGUUCACUGACUACAUGAGAGCAGCCAUUAGGAUUUCUGCCUUGUGUGAAGCUGGAGUUAUUUAUGUUAUGACCCACGAUUCAAUUGGGCUAGGAGAAGAUGGACCGACACAUCAGCCUAUUGAGCACUUGGCAAGCUUCAGGGCAAUGCCUAAUAUUUUGAUGCUCCGUCCAGCUGAUGGUAAUGAGACAGCUGGUGCAUACAAGGUUGCAGUCCUUAACAGGAAGAGACCAUCUAUCCUUGCUCUCUCUAGGCAAAAGCUGCCCCAACUUCCUGGAACUUCCAUUGACGGAGUAGAAAAGGGAGGCUAUAUUAUAUCGGACAACUCAUCAGGUAAUAAACCAGAUGUCAUCUUGAUUGGAACCGGUUCUGAAUUGGAAAUUGCAGCCAAAGCUGGUGAUGAACUCAGAAAGGAAGGCAAGGCUGUUAGAGUUGUCUCCUUUGUUUCUUGGGAGCUUUUUGAUGAUCAAUCAGAUGAUUACAAGGAAAGUGUCCUGCCAGCUGCUGUAACAGCCAGAGUUAGCAUUGAAGCUGGAUCAACAUUUGGAUGGGCCAAGAUUGUUGGAACCAAAGGGAAGGCUAUUGGAAUUGACCGGUUUGGGGCAAGUGCACCAGCAGGAAAAAUAUACAAGGAGUUUGGCAUAACAGCAGAGGCUGUUAUAGCAGCAGCUAAACAAGUUUGCUAGGCUUUGUUACCUAGGUUAUUGGUUUGCUGCUGGUCUCUGGAAAUUAUUUAUGCUAGCAUUCUGGGAUUGAAAAUUACAGUGAAGAGGCCUGGCUUAGAGAACUUAGAGAACUUGACUCAGUUCAUGGCCUCUCAAAAUUCCUUAAUAAAGAAGAUGAAGUUUUCUUUUGUUAUCUUCUUCAGUGGAGCUGCUUAGCUUUGCCAAACUGAAUCAAGAUAAGAGCAGAGGACUAGGGCUUCUGAAUGCUAAUGAAUUGUGCACUAGAACAUGCCUUGAGUUUUGGAAUUUUAUGUGGUUGAAACACAUUCAGGCUUCAUUUUCUCCAUUACAAUUUUAUGUGAUAAUGAGAUUUCAUGCUAUUGUUGCAAUCUGCGCCUUUUGAAUUUAUGUACAAGCAAAUUGAUGAGCUAAAAGAUUCAUCCUAUAGUCCGAGUUGGGUUUUGGGUGAUUGGUAGUGUCAUGACCAUUAGAUCUUUAAAGAAGA